GUUAGAACACAAGCCGCGCGCAAACAAUCUUAUCAUGGUAACAUUCAAACUGACGCUAGAGAACUCCGCAGAAUCCGUUGCGUUCACGCGUGGUGCGCAGAACACUUGAACAAAUUCUCCCGCAAUGGAAGAACUAGUUACCCAAGAGACAUAAAUGUGAGGAUCAGUGAUAGUGACAAUACCAAAGAAAAAGCCAAAGUACACAUUUCUAGUCUGGGGGACUUUAUAUCCGACAAACUGGAGGACCUACAUACUUUGGAGGGCACAGAGGGAGUGGGCGAUAACACUAGCGAGGAGCUAUGCCUUGCAAAGAACUUGAAUUUAUCAGGUAACUUUUGCGAGGCAUACUACGAUGGCUUGCUGUGCUGGGAUCCGACUCCGUGGAACACAGUUGCGAUACAAAAAUGCUUCAGCGAGUUCCACGGUGUCCAGUACGAUGAUACGCAAAACGCGUCAAGGUACUGUUUGGACGGCAGGUGGCGCAACUAUUCCGAUUACGUGAAUUGCACAGAACGGAUAGCAAACGUAUCGCCGACAGAUGUCACCAGCCUCAUAUACCUAGCCGGCUACUCGCUCAGCUUAGCCGUGCUGUCACUAGCUGUAUUUGUUUUCCUUUAUUUCAAAGACCUAAGAUGUCUUCGGAAUACUAUACACACUAAUUUAAUGACGACGUACAUUUUGUCAGCUUGCAGUUGGAUGUUAAAUUUAGCAUUACAAAAUUGGUCAGAAGAAGCCAACCAAGACCAAACAUCAUGCAUGAUUCUCGUCAUAUGCAUGCACUAUUUCUAUCUUACGAAUUUCUUUUGGAUGUUGGUGGAAGGUCUAUAUCUGUACAUGCUAGUCGUAGAAACUUUCACCGCAGAGAAUAUAAAACUCAAAGUUUACACCACCAUCGGAUGGGGUGCCCCAGCUAUUUUCAUCACAAUAUGGGUUAUUUGCCGGUGCUUCGUCUCAGAAAUGCCAACGACUGGUCCAGAUGGGAUGGCGAUAACAGGCGCAGGUAAGAUGUGCCAAUGGAUUCACGAGCAUCAAGUAGAUUGGAUUCACAAAGCACCCGCGCUUGUUGGACUUGCCCUUAAUCUAUUCUUCUUGAUUAGGAUCAUGUGGGUUCUUAUAACGAAACUUAGAUCGGCGAACACGCUGGAAACGGAACAGUACAGGAAAGCAACUAAAGCGCUGCUAGUCCUCAUUCCUCUGCUUGGCAUCACUAACCUACUGGUGCUGUGUGGACCGAGCGAUGACUCCUGGUUUGCCCAUGCCUUCGACUACAUACGCGCUUUGAUGCUGUCCACGCAGGGCUUCACAGUCGCGUUAUUCUAUUGCUUCAUGAACACGGAAGUUCGUCACGCGAUAAGAUACCACGUGGAGAGGUGGAAAACUGGCCGCACCAUCGGUGGUGGGAGGCGGAGAGGCGCAUCGUACUCCAAGGACUGGUCUCCGAGGUCUAGGACUGAGAGUAUCCGGUUGUACAGCCACCCUUCGAAGCGGGAAUCAGCAGCUUCAGAGACGACAACCACGACGCUGCUAGUUCCACGGAUGUCACUUGCCCCUCAUCACGAUGGCAGACAUCUUCAUGCUGAUUACAUAACGAGCGGGAGCGCAAGCGGCGAGCAGUCGCCGGUGUGAGGAGGGGGGCGGGGGAGGCUCUCGCGCCUGCGUACUCUGCCCGAGGAGGACGCUCCUCCCGCCUCUCCCGCCUUCUCCACCCCGCCACCCAUCACCACAACACUAACAACUCCGCACUCUUCAUCUAGCUCACUAGCGACGGCAACGUCCGGAAACUCCAAAUGCCACUCCCAAGACCUCAUGCAAGCAUUCGAAAACCCCAAAUGCAAUAACACCUGUCCAAGUGGCAUGAUUGAAAACUUUGUGAAUGAUGGCUAUCGAGUAAGCACACCGGACGCACAAACAUAUAACAAAGGCAUUGCCACUAACUUUCCCUUUAACGACAACGCCACUGAUUUUUCUACCUCAAACUGCAAUGAUCUCACAUUAAAAAAAAGGAAAAUUCCCCAUCUCACCCAAUGGUCCUCUAGAGGAGCUUGAUAAAAAUUAGCACUGUAAAAAAUAUUUCUUAUUGUGUCAAAUAAUCUCAGUGCUUGUUUACUUUGACUCGCGAUAUUGACUAUUCUAUAUCUAUCAACCAGUUAAUAAUCAAAUAGUAAGUCUUUUUAGCGCGCUAAUCUGGUAAACUACUAGUCGGAAAAAAUUCGGAAAGUGAAAAGUCUUUUUUGUAUUUGCUAGACCCGUUCUUGAAGAAGGUUGUCAUCAUCUAAUAUCACGCUUUGACCUUAAAGACCCGAGCUAAAGAAAAAAAGUGAGAAAGAACUUUCAGCAAAAACGAAUAUAGCCCGGGCGGGCAAUCAUCAAAGUUUCAUCAUUUUCGAUGUUGAAUAAAAACAUCGAAAAUGAUAGUUAGUAAGUUUAGAAAAAAUGUGGAGAAAAACAGGCCAUAAAGUUAAAAAUGUCUAACUGACUAAAGCUUUCAUAGUACAUAUGUUAAAUCAAAGUUCAUUAUUUAUAAGCACUUCCGUAUAUUCUUAAAUCAACUAGUCAUUUAUAUUUAUCCAUAGCUAUAUGAUUGAACUAAUAUAUAACAACACAACUUGCAUCUAUUUGUAGAUUGCGCGUGACUUUUGCCACAGGCGAUUUGGUAGUGGCGGCCGACUACGUUUCCUGGAUUUAGGAGUCAAGGUCAACAAGCACUUUUGAUGUAAAAAUUAUUAAUAAAGGUAAUUUAUGUAAACGGACACUCUGUAGGUCCGUGGCGUGAAAAUAGAAUGAAUUAACUGGUAAUAUUCUAUUCUGGUUAUGAUUACGUUAGGACCCAGUCUAAGAAAAAACCAAGAGAUUCGCAUUAUGUUGUUGCGCCAUUAAUGGUGUUUACCCUAGUCACAAUGUUUAUCAUUUCCGGGUACAAUGUUCAUUCUCAAAAAUAGAUAUAAUGGAAAUUAUAUGAUGUAAGUUAAUAAAAUAUAAAUUAAUUAUUAUUAUUGAAAAAAUAGUAGCGUUUACUUGAAUCCUCGUAAAACCGGAACUUUUAUGAUGUAAGAUUCUAUAAUAUCCUUUUUUACAGCAGGGGGAGAGAAGACAUGAUAAAUAAAAUUGCUAUACCUACUUGUCUUGAACAAAUUUAAUGCUAACGUACCACGGGACAAAUCGUGUGUGAUGAAAUGUGUUAAUGGAUAGCUGCAGUCGUCGCUACCCGUUGUAUAUUUAUAUACAUAUGUUUCGGACUCUAGACGCUUCGCUUGCCGCGCUGCGAUAUAUUUCGCACGAGUCGAAUGUCCCGUGGCCAGAACGUUAGCUGUAGCGCUUGUGUAGUAGCUUAUCUGUGUAGCAGCUACGCCGUAACUGUUGUAGCAAAAUAUCAAUCGAUUUGAAUAAUAAUGUUAAAUAUAAAACUGACAGAUAUUAUUGUUGCUUGUAUAAAUAAAAGUGAAAGGAGUUAAACUUCUUUGGCCUAUAUUGAUACGCUCGCAACAAUUUUUGGCAAUUUAAAUACGCAUACACGAAAUGCCUAAUACACGUACUCUUGUUUUCUAUAAAAUCAAAGUCGAAAUAAAUAUGUAAAUAUAGAAAAAAAAAUGUAUAUUCGUGUAUAAUUUAUUAUGUAAAUACUUAAGUCUGAUAUAUUUUAUUUAAGCCGAAAAUCAUAAUUGAAAGUUUUAUUUUUACGAAUUUUGUACCAUUCCCAAGUUCUUAAAGAAAAAUUAUUCGCCUACCUUUUACAAACUUUUAACUACCUAAGUAAGAGUUAAUAUUUAACCCUCGCUAGAUAGUAAAUGACUUAUUACAUAUACCUAUAUAAAUGUUGCCAAAGCUUUAUUAUAUUUUUAUCACUAGAUAUUAUUAUAUUUGUUAAAAUAAUAAGAUAUAGGUAUACUAAUUAAGUGAAAUUGGGAAACAAAACGCUAAUUGUACAGUAAAAAUUUAGCAUAUCGUAAUUUUACAAAAUUUCAUUUGGUUAAUAACUAACGAAUAAAUUCAAUAUCUUAUAAUG